AAAAUACGUCACACUAGAAAAUGACUGCCGGCAAAAAUAAGAGAGUUGUCAAGGGUAAGAAGACUAAGAAGAUUACCGAUCCAUUCGCCAAGAAGGAAUGGUUCGACGUCUUUGCUCCUCACCCAUUCAACAAGAAGAAGACUGAACCAUUCACCAAGACCCCAAUCAAUAAAACCGCUGGUACUAAAAUCUCCACUGAAGCUUUGAAGGGAAGAGUCUUCGAAAUCUCUGCUGCUGAUUUGUUGAAUGAAGAAGAACAACAACAUCAACUCAUCAGAUUGGCUGUCGGUGAUGCCAAGAGUGAAAAUAAGAAGGCUUUGACUGUCUUCAACGGUUUGAGAUUCACUGUUGAUAAGCUCAGAUCUUUGGUCAAGAAGUGGCACACACUCAUUACCACCAGAAUUAACGUUAAGACUGCUGAUGGUUUCCAAAUGAGAGUUUUCGCUUUAGGUAUUACCAAGAGAAGACAAUUGCAAACUCACAAGAGAACUUAUGCUUACAAGUCUCAAGUCAUGAGAAUCACUGCCAGAAUGAAGGAUGCUAUCAACAAGAAGGCUACUGCUUCUCCAGUCAAUGAAUUCGUUGAAAAGGUCGUUACUGGUCAAUUGGGUAAGGAAAUUGAAAAGUCCUGUGCUUCUAUCUUCCCAAUGAAGGACGUCUGUAUCUGCAAGAUUAAGGUCACCAAGACACCAAAGGAUCUCGCUUCCGCUCUCCACUAAAUAAAUUAAAUCCCAAAAAAUUAAAAUUCAU